AUGGCGCCUUCUUCGUCGGCGCUCAAUCCGCCGCCCUCGCUUGCCGACCUUCGGCGCGGCGACCAGCCAGCACCAGCACCAGCACCAGCACCGACCACCCCACAGCAUCCAGCGUUCGGCGACUCUCUCCGGCGCCGUCAACGUCGAGCCUCGCAUUCCUCUCAUGAUUCGCACGACUCGCAUGGCUCUCAUGAGUCGCACUCUUCACAUUCCUCCUAUGCCGCAAGACACCCUGACCGCGUACCGCAGAAGGCAGCAUCGCCGAACAAAGCCUUCCUCAGCGUGCUGGCCCUGCUCGGUCUCGUCCUGGUGUACACCUCGGUAGGACUGUGGCUGUUCAUCAAGGGGUUCUUGUUGACACGGCACGAGCUAUCCGGGAUCAACGAGUGCGCAGAGACGGUAGAGAGGCAUUGGACACUGCCUGGUCCGCCGGAGAGCUUUGACGAUGCGAGCCUGUUGAACUGGGCGGAGACGGUGUUGGAUCCGAGGGUGGGCAAGGGCGAGUGCAGGUUGGCACCGACACAUAAGAAGGCCGUGGUGCUGAUCAUAGAUGCGCUGCGGUACGACUUCGUUGCUCCUCUUCCGCCGACGACUGAGGAAGACAGCACAGGAUGGACACCGAAUCCGUACUACCACAACAUCCUCUCGCUUCCCGCAGAGCUGACUGCGAAGCAUGGCAGCCCGGCAUACGCAACACAGAAAGGUCCCAGCUCCUUCCUCGCUCACUUUGCAGCUGAUCCACCUACGACGACUCUGCAACGACUCAAGGGUCUCACCACGGGGACGCUGCCCACCUUCAUCGAGGCAGGCGCCAACUUUGGCUCGGCCGGCACGGGCAUCGGCCAAGUCAACGAGGACAACUGGAUCGCCCAAUUCAAGCGCUCCAUCCUCACGUCCAGCAGUACGCAAGACAGAGCAGGACUGGUCUUCGCAGGCGACGAUACGUGGAGCACUGUCUUCCCCAACCUCUUCGACGCAGAGACCACGUGGACGUACGACUCAUUCAACGUGGAAGACCUCGACACGGUCGAUCGGGGCGUCGAGUCGAAGCUCCUCCUCUUCCUGCAGCAAAAUCACCCGGAUCGCCAGGUAGGCGUGCACGAUUCCUGGCGGCUGCUCGUCGGGCACACGCUGGGAGUGGAUCAUGUGGGACAUCGCUUCGGCGCCAGCCAUUCAAAGAUGAAGGUCAAGCUGGAGGAGAUGCAGCUGCUGUUGAAGAACAUCACGGAUGCAGUGGACGAGGAGACGCUCGUGGUGGUGAUGGGCGAUCACGGGAUGGACGAGAGGGGUGAUCACGGAGGUGAUGCUGAGCUCGAAAUCGGAGCUGGGCUGUGGAUGUACUCCAAGGGCGGGUUCGGGUCCGUUGGUCGUCGAGUGGAAGACCGCCUCGACCCUGCAGAGUACAUCUCCACUCCGGAGGUCGAAGCGAUCUUGCCAAGCAGGAUUCCGUUCAGUCCGCUUCCUUCCCCUCCAUACCCCAGUCAAGGGCACAGGAGCGUACCGCAGAUCGACCUCGUACCCACCAUCUCGAUCCUCCUCGGUCUCCCCAUCCCCUACAACAACCUCGGCAGCAUCAUCCCAGACCUCUUCCCUCACCCAGACACGCGACUCCUCGCUCUGCGCAUCACAGCGACGCAGAUGCGCUCGUAUCUCACGGCGUACUCGCAAAAGUCACCAGAUCUGGCGGCGUUCAAGCCGGAGUUCGACGCGCUCUGGCUGGACGCUGUGCGGGCGGAUGCGGAGCUGGCGCAGCUGCUGGCCAAGACGCCGAGUGCGAAGAAUCAGGUGACGAUCGAGGCGGCGUGGAGGAAGGCGGCGCAGGCGUACCACCGGUUCAACCGGGUCAGUCUGGUGAGGGCGAGGGAGGUGUGGGCGCAAUUUGAUAUGGUGAGGAUUGCCGUGGGACUGGUGGUGCUGGUGUUGGCGUUGACGACGGCGUGGGUCAUCAGGGAUGGUGCGCUGAACGGCUUGGUUGCAGCGCUGCCCAAUACUGAUACCGACGCUGCUGGUGACAACAGCAAGGUCGAGCAGGUGAGGCCGAGUCAGACGACAGAAGAGCUCUACACGGUGGUCAAGCGAUCCAUCUCCCGCCCGAUGCUCACUGGCUCCGUGGUAGGAGCAGUCCUACACUUUGCAACCCUGCUACCACUCCCCCUCGCCGUGGCCACACUCCUGAAGCCGCUCACACUGCUCGACAGCGUGCUUGCCGGCGCAUCCAUCGCAUCCCAACUAUGCCUGCUCAUCCAGCACUUCCCCCGCAGCAUCUCCCACCGAAAGGAUGAUGACGAAGCCAGCACGACACCGGCUACCACCAAACUCCUCGCCUCCUCCGGCUGGCUCAUCCUCCUGAUUCACUCGGCCAUCUUCGCCUCUAACUCGUUCCUCGUCUUUGAAGACCGGUUCGUGCUUCUCUCGCUCACCACUCUCCUGCUCAUUCGGGGCCUGCUGCUGCUUGGCGCCUCGCCGAACGCGCACACCAAGACGCGCGCUCUGAUGCACACCCUCCUCGCCCUUGGCCUGACACGGGUCGCAGCGUACCCCCGGGUGUGUCGCGAGGAGCAAGCCCCCCACUGCACCAGCACGUUCUUCGCCUCCUCUCCGUCCAACGCAGCAUCGGCGCUCAACAGCCCGUACACCAUCGCACUCGCUUACAUCCUCGCCUACCUCUUACCCAGUUUCAUCGCGCGCUUCUUGCGCGGGAGCAAGAGCUUCGUUGGCAUUGCACCCGCGUUUUUCGACUGGGUGGUAAGGCCGACGCUGAUGAGCGGCGCGGGGUAUUGGGCGUUGGAUUGGGCGAGCGUGCUUCCUGCCGUAGAGCGCAGUGGAUGGGGAGCGACGCUGGAGUGGGUCAAGGGGUGGGUGGCUGUUGUAGAUCUGGUCGUGCUAGCUGGGGUGGCGAUGGCGUUUUGGAUCUUCGCCCCGUUGUGUUUGGACAUUCGACGCGAGCCUGCGACCCAAGAGGAGGAGAAGGAGAAAGUGAGAAUUUUGGGAUACGCCAACAGUUUUGGGAGCAGUUUUGUGCUGCUCGUAGGGUUGGUGGUGGGGGUGCUGUGGGUGGUCACCCAGCCGAGUGGGCAGUUGGCCUUGGGUUGUGUGUGGUUGUGUGGGAUGCUGACGGUUGAAUUGGGGGAUGCGGAGAGGGAUGUUCUCGUUCUUCAUCGACAACGACUCGCGCUCGCCUCUGCAACCUCAACCACUUCCAUCCCGGAUCAAGGUGCACAGCCCUCAACGACAACAGCGAGCAUCUCGACCCGCAUCCACCUCUCCUCUGCCGAGAUCGCAACGUUCGCCCUCCUCGGAUACCUCUGCUUCUUCGGCACGGGUCACCAAGCGACCUUCCCCUCCAUCCAGUGGCGACUGGCCUUCCUCACAUCCCCAACACUUGCCUAUCCACUAUCGCCGCUGUUGGUAGCACUCAACUCGUUCGGCCACCUAACUGUCCUCCCACCGCUCUUCACGGUCCUCGCACUGCUAUGGAACACCUCCCCGCUGCCACGUGGGUCAGGGACACGCAUGACCCUCCCACGCAAGAUCCUCGCUGCCCUGCUCACGCUGGCGCUCUACAACGGCGUGCUGCUCCUCAGCACAACAGCGCUCAGCGGCUUGGUGUUCAGACGCCAUUUGAUGCUGUUCAAAGUGUGGACGCCCAGAGUGAUGCUAGCGAGCAUAGCGAGUAUAGGUGGACAGACAGCAGGCAUGGCGGUCACCCUGGCCGCUUGGCAGGUGGCGAACAAGGUCAAUGCUAUUUUCGGUAGCGAGUUCGCUUAA